CGUUUUGGCCAGUUUGGUGGUAUUCGCGGUCGUGGCAGGCAGCACAGUUUCUUACGCGAGUUUCCUCUGAAGGCAUUUGGCCAAAAAAAAAAACAUACGGUACUGCAGAGCAGAACUUGUCUUCUAGCAGAUGGUACUAACUUAGAUCAGGUGCACGAGAUAUAAAACACCAGGAGAGCAGCCAUAAUUCGCAUUUUUUAAGUUUGAGGCAUCUUCAUUUAUCGCAAUCGUGAUUAAUUGCGGAAACUAAGUAAAAUAAACAAUGGACAACAACGGCGCAUCGGUUGGCUCCUACAGCAAUUUCCGCAUCCUGUACCUGAUUACCCAGAUGGUGGGCGUGACGAUAGUCGUGCUGGUCAGCUCCUGGAUCGGCGUCCACUUGGGUGGCCUCGGCUGGACCAAACCUUCGAUCCAGUUCAACUGGCACCCACUGCUGAUGAGUUUGGGCAUGAUUUUCCUUUACGGAAACUCAAUUCUGGUGUACCGUGGCUUUAGGUAUGCCCGCAAGAAGCCUCUGAAGAUCACCCACGCCACGAUUCACGGAUUGGCAUUCUUGUUCACAGUGGUGGCCCUGAUUGCCGUCUUCGAUUCGCAUAAUCUGGCCAAGCCACCGAUUCCCAACAUGUAUUCCCUUCACUCGUGGGUCGGAAUGGCAGCCGUCGUCCUCUUUUCAUUGCAAUACGUUUUUGGGUUCGUAUCUUAUCUGUUCCCGGGAGUUCGAGAACCGCUACGUGCAACCUACAUGCCAGUGCACGUGUUUUUCGGACUGCUUGGCUUCGUACUGGCCAUUGCGGCUUCGUUGCUGGGACUCUCCGAGAAGGCGUUCUUUUCAAUCCCAAACUUAUCGAACCUCCCAGCUCCGGCCGUGCUGGUCAACAUGAUUGGUAUGCUGCUGUUGGUUUACGGUGGACUGGUGGUAUUCCUUGUGACCGAAGUCGGCUACAAACGUAAACCCCUCCCGGAGGAUGUGAUGCUGCUUACGCAUAGCGCCUCGUCGCAGUAAAAAGUGUGCAAUGUUUUAUAUUUUACCUUUCCCUGAAUAGCUGUUUUAUUUCCUGAUAAAAAAAAUGUAAGUUUCACGUGGUACUUGAAAUAUUCUAAGCUUAAGCACAAAAAUUUACGAAAAUAAAAGAAUGUGCUUGUUGAUGGUCUGAUCAGUAAAUAAAUAAAACUAUAUGGAUGUGAUACAUAAAAUAUACCAAGAAUAAAUACUAUUAAACAACGAUAGCUCUUAUCUACACUUAAUGACAAAGAAUGUAAAUAUUCAAUGAGAAAUAAAAAUAAAACGUUACUCCUGAUACGCUUGUGUCCAUGGCAAUGAAAGGCAAUCGUUUUAUAACACCUUAGUUCCGUUCUUCACUUUGCGUCGUAAAGAUACUGAAAGAAACCGCAAGCUGAUUAAACCCGUGUCAAGUCACCGAAGUGAAUGAUGUGGUGAGGCCACAGAGCCGAUCAUCGGGUUGAAAUUGAUACCCCUUCAGUUUGGAGGUUCCGACAGCGUUUUGAUGAUCUACCACGAAGUUUGUGCACGCCCUGCCGGACCGGAGAAUCACAACGACCAGGACGUUCGGGAACGGGUUUAACCUGGCCGAGCAAAAGUGCACCGAGGCGACCACGAACUUCUCGGUCCGGUAGCUGGCGAAUCCGUAGCUCGCCCUGGAUAUCCAUAAUGCAUCUCGAAAAGCACCUUUUUCAGGACGAACAGCUCCGGAUCUAGAGCAGAUUCCGAAGAAAACCCUGAUCUUCUAAAAAAUAAAACGCAUUAAUUUCAAACAGAUUAACUCUUUCACUAGAUUAUACCUACCACCUGCUCAAAAUAGUAAAAGUAUCGAAAUUUGUUAUUUGGCUAAACGAUCAUUUUAAUACGAAGCGAUCCGAAAAGCAAAUUCUCCACCACCAUCGUCGGUGGCCAUCUUACUAAUGGAGAUUUUUCGUCAGACGCAUUUCAAAACCAAAACAUUCCAAUCUAACGUGUUUUCCACUUCAAAAUCAAAAGAAAUGUCGAAUGGGGCAAAUCGAUGAGAAAUUCAUUUGAAUUUGAAAGGAACUUCAUGGGAAAAAAGAGUGGAAGGUUUCUCGCUAACGAUCAGCUGGUUUCAAGUUAUUUUCACAUCCAUUUGAAAUGUAAAACACGUGAGGGCCAAUGGAAAAGCACGUGAAAGCAUCGUGUAGAUUUUUGGAGACACUCACGUGAAAAAACACUUGAGUUUGCUAUGUUGGUUUCUUUCAGUGCAGGCAGAAAAAAAUUAAAAAUCAUAAUUUGAUGAAAACACACAAUUAUGAUGAAUUUGUGGCAUCGUUAGUUCAAACAUAAUUUGAACAUUUUUUUUUUGCAAAGAUUAGCAAUACAAUAUUUUUUCACAUUAAAAACUAUGAUUACAAAAUAAUGAUUUUUGAUGAAGCGAGUUGAUUUUUUUGGCUCUAUCUCCCCUACAAUCAUCAAUAAAAAUUUAACCGCAGCUGAAUUUGAGCAACCAAUUUCGAGAAAUAAGGUUUGAAAUUAUUUUAAGUACCUCCAAUAUCUAUCAUAUCAUCAUCACCAUUUUUGCAACCAUCUCCAUAAUUUUAUUUGGCAAGACGAAGACUUAUUUUUUGCCAGAAUAAAAUCUGUUUGUCAUAAGACGCAUGAAGAUGUAUUUUAACAAAGGUUUUAUCAAGGCUUUAAGGAGGUUGUUAGGAUUUCAUUUUAAAGCCUUGAACUCCUAUGUGGGCUUUAUAAAUAGGCCGUAACAACCUUUUGCGAAGGUCCUUUUGGGUUUUAAGUGUGGUUUAUCGAGGUUCUGGGGAGUUUUUUACGACUAAGUGGUUUUAAUGUUGGUUUUGGCUGAUAGGUUUUAUAGCGGUUGUGACAGCUUAGAUAAAGCCUAAAAUGUUACUUGGGGAUGAACGAAUUUUCUCACUACCAGGCGAACUGAAAAAAGUGUCAAGUUGUUGAACCAUCGGGAUGGUACUGUAAUGAUUCUAUCUUUUUUUUAAUUACUUGAAUUAGUUAAAUUGCUUCAAAUCAACAUUUUUUACCAUGAAUUUACUCGUAUACUGACAGACUUUCAUAACUAAAAACACCAAAUAAUAAAUUUUAAUAAAACCAUUGUUGCAAAAUCCAGAACACUUUCUUCCUUUUGGCGCGAAAAGAUUUCUCCACGCGAACUUGCAUGCACCUUCCCCAACUUCACAGACCCAACACACACGAUCCACACACCAUCCACAACCCACCGCGAAAGUGAUCUAAUAUCCACCCCCCUUGCCGUCACUCCGCAGCCAGCUGUCAAACGCGCUGGCGCAACACAAAAGCGGGAAAAGCAAGCUUGAAGCGGUUUUGUUUUGCACAAAGUGUCACUUUCUGGUGUCAGAAUUUCCCUGCCGAUGCUCUCUGCGAAGGAAUUGGAGAUUUUCUGAAAAUAACGGACUUUUUGGGUGCCAAAGCGAGUGAUUUAGCCGGAAGAAGCUAGCGGAAGGUGCGCUCCGUCGAGUCCCGGUAAAAGUUGCUGCAAAACGGUGCGAUCCGUGACUGAAAAGCGACGUGAAAGUUCGUGCUCUGGCGCAG